AUGCUGCGCACGCUUGAGGGUGCCACCGUGGAGUUUGAUGUUGACAGGCAACCAUCGGCCGAUCGAGUGAUCAUCCGGAACCGGCUUACUCCCAUCACAGUGGAAAGCUACCAGCGGCGUCCACCUGUUGAUUUCUUGAGCCUUGAGAUGUUGGGGUGGGCAGAUCCACGUGGCGCGACAUCGAAGCAGAAUGAGGUGAGCAGUGACAAUGCAAAGAGAGAGGGCGGCGCCACUGAAGGAAGCGACACAGCAGCUGAUGCCGAGGAAAUGUUUGCGAAGAACAUCAUCGUAGAUGUCAGCAGCAUACCAGCCACGCAGAUUGCGCGGUGGAGCGGCCCCUUGUCGGAGGAGGCGGUGAUAAAGCCCACCAAAAACAUUAAGGACAUGCGCAGCAGCCGCCUUUUUGAUGCUGAGACAAACGCUUAUCUUCGUUUGAAGCAGCGGCUUGGUGGCACCGCCGAGGCACAGCGCGUACUGGCAGAGCAGCGAGAAAAGGCGGCAAAGGCUGCGGUGCGGCGAGAGGUCAUCACCGAGAAGACGGAGGGCGUCAUCUUGGCCUGGUCCGGCAUCCACCGCAGCGGGCUCAUUCGCGAAGGGAUACAGCAUACAGGAGAGCAUGCGUCAUUGGGGAGCGCAUUGUCAGUCACUGUCGACAAUGAGGAUUCAGCGGCUGCGGGGGCUCUCUGCAUUAUUCGCAACGUCCAUGCGUUUCAGAGUGCGCUGCCCACGUCUCAGAGCCUGCAGCAACGCCGUGUCGUCUUCACAAAGGUGUCCUACUCGGUCCAACCGCACCGCUACUACGCGGAGAACGUUGUCGUGGUGGGCGAUAUGCGCUACGAUGCCGCCGUGCCGUCGCUAGAGGAGGCGCGCGCCCUCAAGGAGCGAGAGAAGGCCGCCGCUACGAAGAACCACCGCCUCGGAGCGCUUAUCAUGGAGGAUGACGCCGGCGAUGGUGCGGAAAACAGGGGGCGGCAGUGGCACAAAGCCCAGCAAUUUGCUGCGGGUAGUCCGUCUACGGAGACAUCUGUGCAUGCAGGCGCCUCUUCGUUGUUGGAGGAGGAUGGGAUGCCGGUGGAUCCUGAAAAAGUUCUUUACGGUGUUAUUGUGCGCUGGAGCGGCGGCCAGGGCGUCAUUGAGAGCGGGGAUGGCCGCCACUUCUACCUUCGCUCCGCCGCAGAUUUUGAGCAGCUGCUCGACAUACGCUCGCACCACCUGCGCGGCGCUGUUGUUCAGUUCAAGCAAGAUGCUGCGAGUCCCCGCUAUGCAUGUCAAGUCGACAUACUUAGCACUGCUGCGACGACCAUGAGUGAGGUAAAGCCGCUGCUGGAGAAGACGCAGUUUAACGUGUCCACCGCCCACAGUGCCGCAUCAACAGCAAACGGCGAGGCAGCGGUUGCAGUGUCCAAGGCAGUACCGGAAGAGGUGGAGUGGACGCAUGGCACACUCCUCUCGUGGUCACCCGUGGAGGGCCAGGGCAUCAUCAUCGGCGAAGCAGAUCAGGAGGCCCGCUACGUGCUGAGAGACGCUGAGGAAAAUGUUGUUAACUACGCUACAAGUCAAGCGCUGCUUAGAAAAGGACGCCGAGUAAAGUUUACGCCGUUUGGCAGCACAGGACGGUUGGCGUGCAAUGUAGUGUUGUUGGAGGCAGAGGCCGAGGAGGAGGCGCUGGCAGAAGAGGAGCUUCGGCCGAAAGAGCCGCAGUUGUCGAUGGAUGGAAAUAAGAAUGAAGCCAUCCCGUCUCCUAUGAGUACGAGCUACUGGCUGAACAGAAUGGACAAGGCCGGGUAUAACACAAAGGAGGUCAGGGACUUGCAAAACCGCGCGUUGCGGCUGGACGAGGACGAGGACGGCGACGACGGCACCGAAGGUGGCAAGUUCCUCGAUAGCGAGGAUCUCCUGAAGAGGGAUCACUGGUGGAGCGACCCGCGCAAGAAUGUGCGGUUCCCGAACAGCGACAUGACGGCCGGCCACCUCGCCCUCAUUGGCCCUGCCUCCAUGAUGAACAUCGCGAUGAAGACAAAGGACCCAAAGAAGCUAGACAAGAUGCUGAAGAAGUACCAGUCACGGUUAACAGAGGAGCAGAAGGAGCACGCAUGGAAGCAGGCGAAGGAGAUGGCACCCAAGUAUGAAGAGUGCAUCCGAAAAGGCCGAGAGCGCAACGAAGAGCCCACCUUCUACUUUUUCUAG